AUGGCAAUGAAGACCGAGGCUUCUUCCCCUCCUCCGUGUGCUCGCUCACAGUACGUAGCCGAUGCCUUCACGCGUCAGUAUUACAGUGUGCUUUUCACUAAUCCCGAUAUUGGCCACAAAUUUUAUGGCGACUCAAGUGUGCUAAGCUGGCCUGGCCCAGAUGGUUCAUUGACAACAGUGACAACCAUGCAAGGCAUUAGAGAUACCAUUUCGUCCUUCGACUGCAAGAGCUACACAACAGAGAUAGAAAGUGUAGAAGCCCAAGAUUCUUUCAAGGAAGGGGUCUUAGUUUUCGUGAAAGGUUGCCUGAUAGGGACGGGCAAUGUGAAACGGAGCUUCAUCCAGACUUUCUUUCUGGUUCCACAAGCUAAAGGCUAUUAUGUUUUGAACGAUAUAUUUAGGUUUGUGAAUAUACAUGAACCGGUAAGAACUUCAGAUGAUAAGGAGAAUGUUACUAGCUCUCCUUCUACACCUAAUCAAGAGUCUGGUGAUGCUCCUAUUCCACCCGAAGAUGGAAAAUCUCUAGCUGGGAAGGUCACUAAUAAAAAUCGUAAAGCCAAAGGAUCAAAUUCAUCUGAUGCGGAGGUUUCCAAUAUCACUAAAGACGUGAUUGCUAGCAAAGAACCACUUGGUUCACAUGAGAAAGAUGGAAACACUAAUGCUGAGGUCCUUGCAAAUGUGAGAGUGUCGUACGCUUCUAUAGUGAAGGAUAAAGUGAAAAUGUCAUAUGCUUCAAUAGUGGCAAGGGAAAGUAGAGUGACUUCUCUACCACAGACAUCUCCUAGGACUGUUGCUGCUAUAGCUUCAGUCAAUAGUCAACAACGGGUGGCUCAAGCACCAAAAUCAUCAAACCUUCACGGGAAAUAUGCCCCACAAAGUGAAGCUAUAUAUGUAGGGAAUUUGCCAUCAAAUGUAUCGGCCAAACAAGUUCAUACAAUUUUUAAGGUAUUCGGGCCCAUUAAAAAAGAAGGCGUUCAUAUAAAAAUCUGCGAGGAUGGGUUCUGUUAUGCAUUCGUGGACUUUGAAUCCUUGGAAUCUGCACACGCUGCAAUUCAGGCUCGUAGUAUGAGGAUUGGAUCAAAAGAAUCUUGCAUUGCAGAGAGAAGAGCUGGUCGAGGUCGAGGCAGGGUGGCGUCUGAAAAGGGUGAGCUCCACAAUGAGGACAACAGGACCAGUCCUGGAGGGCCUACCAGACGCAGUGGUGAAGCUUAUGGGAGAGGCUACCAGAACGUGGCUACAAGAGGAGGCAGUUCAAGUGGGGGGAAGUUCACUAGAUAG